AUGACAACAGACUUAUCAUUAGGUAUACUGUACAAGGAUGACAAAGACAAUGUAACCUGGGCUGAUACUGGAUGGGGUAGCAACGACACAGAAUUGAAGGUACUAACAAGGGACAUGCCAGAUAAUAGAAUAUUUCACACAGCAAGUGAAAUGGCAUACAUGAUACUUGAUAACUAUUUUGUGUUUCUCGCUGUUACAAAUUUGCCAAGCUCUGAGAGUGUCGGUGUGUUUUCAUUUGAAGCUACUAAAUCUAGAGUGGUAUCUAGGUCGGCUAUUGUUGUGACGUCGUCAUUAGCCAACAUUAAAAUGCAGUUUAGAACAUUGACUGUCGGCAUUGGAGAAUCCAUCUCAAUCAAUCUGAGUGAAGACGGCGGUUAUAACAAUUUACGCUGGAGACAUAAUUAUGGUGAGGCAAAUAAAGAAUGGAACGGCGGUUCGUCCGUUACGAUUGCAAGUAUACGCGCUAAAGAUGAUGGGGUAUACGAAUGUUAUAGAGGUGACAGUCCAGAUAACAACCGUGGAGUAAUGAGACUUAUUGUUAGAGAUUGUCCACUUCCAAAAUGGAGUCCCCCUGAAUGUGAGAUGGACUGUCCUUUGUGUUAUAACGGUGGAGUUUGUGACGAUAAAACCGGUCUAUGUAUUUGCCCCGCAGGCUUCAAAGGUGCUAACUGUCAAACGGCUUGUGGCUCAAACAAUUUUGGUCGUAAUUGCGAUGUAAUUUGUAGAACUGGAAAUAUCGAAGCUUGUAGAGGAAGUCUUUUUUGUCCACCUGAUCCAUUCGGAUGCACCUGCAUCGACGGAUACGGAGGGAACAACUGCAAAUCAGAAUGCGAUGAAAGACACUAUGGAGCAGAUUGUCGUCAAGUAUGUCACUGUGAUCCAAGCGACUGUGACAGGAAAGUAGGAUGUAGAUCUGGGUCAACGUGCUAUGAUGGUUACACGGGACCAGCGUGUCAAGAAUUAUUGCCGGGUCUGUUUUGCCCGACUAAUUUAUUUGGUGUUUUGUGUAACUAUCCAUGUCAUUGUAAAGACUCUGCUGGCUGUAAUCGUGACGGAAGCUGUGACAAUGGAUGCCAUGAAGCAUGGGCUGGAGCGGACUGCAGCAUAGCCCUACCUUACAGUUCCCAUUCUCCAAAACUUUUGGAUCGAACAGCAACCACCUUGCAUAUUUCCGCCUGCAGUUGGGAUCCAGUUCUAGACUUUGGAACAGGACCUAUUAGUGGUUGUAAGUUGUGGUACAGGACAAUGCCGACAAGUAGGUUCACUGGGGUUAACAUUGAAAACGGUGUAUAUACAAUCGACAAUCUCCUACCACACACGAUUGUCAAAUUCUAUACACAACACUCGAGAUUAGUGGACAGGAAAGAGAUCGAUGGACCACCUAGUGAACAUGGAUCAGCAGAAACUAUUUGUACAAGGCCUUUGGUUGAACCAGAAAUAGGAUUAAAAUCAGUUGAAGGAAAUGAUAUCAUUUUAAUACUGAAGCCUGUCUCAAAUGCUCCUGAGCGAAUCCAGUGUGAUAGUAUACUUAGAUAUCAAGUACGAUACCGAAACAAAGAUGGAAACGAACAGAAAAUUGUGAACACAAUGGACGGUUUACAAAGAGAAGUCAAGAUAUCGGGAUUAUCAGAAUGUUUUACUUAUGACGUUGACUCUAGGGUUGUUAAUAACGAAGAGUUCGUGGGAGAUUGGGGAGAAAGUAUUCGAAUACAUAUAGCGCCCUCAGCACCCUUAAUUACCGAAGAUUCAGUUCAGACGCAAACGUAUCUAUUGAUGAAAUGGAAUGCUGCAAUCUGUAACAACCAAGAUCAGGUGAUUUACCAUUACCAACUAUCAGGUGGAAUGAAUCUCCGAGGAAGUACAAAUGAUACUGAAGUUCUUAUCAAUCAAGGAAUUGUACCUUGUACACAGUAUACGUUUACUGUGCUCGCAUCAAACCUGAACGUCAACGGAACACAAUAUAUUGAAGGGAUUGCGACAGCGUUAGAUUGUAAGUUAAUGAGUUGUGUACAAUAUAAAAAAUGA